AUGUUCGUUCCAGCUGAGAAGUUCAUCAAAGAUGACAUCCAGGUACUUAAACUCAGUAACUCGCAGACCCAUUAACACUGACUGAAAACUGAUCUACCUUAGCAAGCCUUUGCGAUGUCCCAAAAAGCAUUGCCUCAGUAAACAUUGCGAACGAACAUUGAUGUUUUUGCAUAACAAAACAAUUUGCUGCACUGAUGUUAUAAAUGGUUUCUCUGUGAGACUAAGCGAAGUCCAGGGGGGACGGAAGAAAAACUGCCAACGACACUGACAAUCAUGUCGAUGGCACUUACAAGCUAAGACAGCAAUGAACCUUUUAAAGAGGGUAAAAAAAAAUGCGACCAAUUUGAGAGGUGGCUUUUUUCUCCUUUUUUAUCUUUUCGAAAAAGUUUUGACUAUUUAUGUUUUAUAGAAAAUGGCAUCCAAGGAACUGGGGUGUUCGAUCUGUAUUGAAGGUUACAAUGACAAAGAGAAAUGCCCUCGAAUGCUGAGUUGUGGACACAGCUUCUGCUCGCGUUGCUUGGAAAGAUUACUCCGUGGUAACACUAUUGAUUGUCCUAAAUGCAGAAAUCCAGUUGCCGUUCCUUCUGGGGUCCAUGGCCUGUUAAAGAAUUUUGCGUUACUGGACAUCGUGAACGAAACAGCACCCAAACAACAUGCUGAAAAUUUAGGUUAUACAGGCACGCACGAAUGUGAGGCUUGUGAUGAGAAACACCAAUCGAUGUUCUUUUGCUUGGACUGCGAAGAAAACAUGUGCAAAGCUGCGGCUCAGAUUCAUAAACGCAGCAAAUUAAGUCGUGACCACCGGGUUGUUACCUUCAAGGAACUGAAAGCAAACCCUCAGGUGGCAUCUGUAUCGGUUCUCUGUCCGGAGCAUAACGAUCCAUUCCGCUUUUUCGACGAAAAUUGUGGUCAUGUUAUUUGUAGAGACUGUUAUACCCUUAAUCAUAACGGGCACAAGUGUGUAAUUGUAGCUGAAGCUGCUUCAAAAUACCGACGAGAGAUGGAGGCGCUUGGAAGCAAAGCCAGCUGUCAAGCCGAAAAGAUUUAUGCUGCUGAAGGUGGAGUGAUGGAUGAACUUUUUUUCAUGGAGGUAGCUUGCGAAGAACAGCGUGAAAAAAUUCAAGGCUUUUUUAGAGAGGUAUAGCAUAUCUUUGUUUUUGGGGUGGAUGACAUUUACGCUGCAAGAAGUAUUCCUUACCACUCACGAGUUACGAUCCGAAUUUUCUAUUGCUGAUUAAUAGCUUCUGCUAACAAUUAGAUAAAGAAAAAUGAUAAUCUCAACGUGGAAUGCAGAAACCAGUGAUUUGUUGAUACCUAUCCCGAAGGCCAAUGAUUUAGAUGUUUAAGGGUACGCCGCUCCCGGAUCAUGAUUGUAAACGUAUUCACUGAACUCACCUCGUAGCUAGCCUAACACACAGACGUAAGCCCUAAGAACUUCCGCGUUAAAGGCGUCUUCAUAGCCUGCGUGCAAACGUCUCCAAUGUCCUUUGCACACAGACUACGCACCUCGGGACGCAGCUAUCAACCGUUUUUUAUCUCGAUUCUAUGUCCGGGAUAGAUCUGCGGAUAUUAUAGAGCUAGUGUGUGUUUUCUUUUGUAUAUUUAUAGCUUCAUUCCGCACUAUCUAACCGAGAGCAAGUUUUGAUGGAUAAGUUAUCCAGUAUAUAUCGACAAACAAAGUCCAUCCUCACGGAGCAGCUCGACCGUUUGGAAGUAAACCAAGCAUUUUUAAAGAGUGCAGUUCAACGAGCAAAGUCCUCCAUCCAAUCUCCGAGUGAUGUUCAGUUCCUUCUCAGCAGGCCGGAUAUAGUCUCCACGCUCGAGACCGAAAAAUGUUACUCAAUAGUGCUUGACCCAGAGGCACAGUUUAUGACAGAGUUCACCAAGAGCGAAGAGGAAAGAAUGGUGAGAAUUCAAAUUUUGAUUUUAGUUAUCCAUGAAUUAGCCUGGGACCCAGACUAACGGUUAUGUUCGAGCGCCAUUCUUUUCUCCGGGAUGAAUAUUCUAGCAGAUAUUCUUUACAUAGCAGUUGUCAUCUACCCUGGUCCCGGACGUUUUUCUGGAAAUUUUUCUCUGCGUAAGAGAGAGCGAACUGUGCAAAGUGGCGAUCUGGGACCAGGGUAGUUGUCAUUUUUGGAGUAGUAUAUGUUCAUUUUCGUGUGAAAUUCUCCAGCUCUAUCAAUAGAGCCUGAGCUGAGCCAACACAACCUCUUCCCCAGGGCGUCACGGUUGUCUACCUAUUUCUGCAGUUAUCCUGCACGAUUAACGCCUUUUUUUGCGAUAUCCCAAACGUCAUCCAAAUUUGGUCAACGCUAACUAGUUUUGAAGAAUUUGCCGAGGAUUUAAGCCAAUCAGAAACGGGGAAAUAUUAAUCUCCUUUUACAAUAUAGUGGAUGCAACGCCCGUUGUCUGUGUCGCAGUCACUCCACAGUCCACACUGCCUGUAUAUAUUCUUGCUACAAGUCGACCUCACAAGUUUCUCAGCGAGCGAAGUCGCGAGAAGUCUAAGCCUGUAUAGACUAUGUGGGAAACUGGGACUGAGUAUCACGUGUUUUCGUUUUGGGAAAAUCCCACCCCCCACGAGCUUUUCCCUUGCUCGAAGAUUCUGAGUUUUUUUCUUAUGUUGUCUCUGCUUGUUAUUCUGAGAAGCUGCAUUGCUAGUCUGAAGGUUUUGAAUUAUGAUCUUGAGGAUCGCCUGAAGAAAGUAUAUGAUUGUGCGGCCGUUUUAUUCAGACUAUACCAAUAGUGUGGGCCAGCAUUGCGCACAUUCGUUCCCCACGAUCGAUUAUAUUACAGACACACCAAAAUGCAUUUCUAAGUUCACAAAUAUAUUUCUCUACGAACUCAUCCAUAAGUUGCUUAAAAUGUGGUUGUCGCAUAGUCAAUUUUAUUUUAUAAAACUGCGAAGAAACAGAAUAUCAAGUGAAAGAUGACUACGCGUGCCAAGUAAAUAGUUUUUUAGUAAAUGAGCUUUUCAAAAUUGAAGUUGUAAAGAAUUUGAAAUAGGCAAGGACUCACUGCAACGAUAUCGAUCUCUUUCAGUCAUUUUCUCACCAUCCCAACAAGAGUAUUGAGGAAGCUAUCCAGAGCGCAGGCGACAUCAGUGACAUAUCAACCUGUGCAGCAAACACUAUUGCAACUGGCCGGGGAAUAACAACUGCAAACCCUGGAAGGAAAGUGACAUUCACUAUUACUUCUCACGACAGCCGAAACUUUCAACGCAAGCGUGGUGGCGACGUUUUUGUGGUGAAACUGAAACCAGAGGUGGGCGGAGAUGAAAUAAAUGUAGAGUUAAAGGACCAAAAGGAUGGAACUUACUUGGCAGAAUAUACUGUCGACAAGAUGUAUGGUAAAUUGACAUUGUCCGUGUGCUUGCGAGGUGCACACAUUAGAGGCAGCCCUUUUGCUGUAAAUGUUAAACCUCUUCGUCAUGUGACGAGCCAAAGUCGAUGGCCUGAAUUCAUGCAUAAACGUGACUGUUAGUUUUAACGGAGCGCGAGGGACCACGAGAAGAAGAUAGAAAAGGCCUUGCUCGCUUUCUCCUUCCUGUCAUUUUAAUAUGAGGAGGGGGUAUUCGGAAACAAGGCAGGGUAGACCUUUUAAGGUCUCGGUAAAUGAAAAUUUUACUACAUUACUCGAUUUUGUUUUUUUUUUAUUUUUGGCAUGAGUGGGUCCUAAAUUUUAUUUUGGCAGAAAAAGAAAAUCAGAAAGUGCUUUUUAACCCUUCUUUAAUGAGCCUUUUCUGUUUCCCGCCAUAAGUUGCGUGGACUUCGAGCUAAAUCUUUAGAGCUGAUUUUCUCUCACUAUAUUUUAGACGCAAAAAUCAAAAUUCUCCGACCUCCAGUCGGGACAGGUUUUAAGCUAUCGCUUUGAAACUUUCAGAUAGGAUGGAUAAUGAUAUAGACUCAAAAGCGGUGUGAGGAAUUUUCCGAUUUCCCUUUGUAACUCAUUUUAUGUCAGUUUCUUUGCGUAAAUCGCGCUCGAGAUUCGACUUUUUAGUUUGAAAUGCAAUAAUUCCGCUAAUACGAGACAUAUGCAAAUUUCCUCACACUCUUUUUUAGGUCUUUUAUCUGUCAAUCAGAUGCAAUAAAAAGGAAGUGAAUAUUUAGCAAGGCGAAAGGGCUGGAGCUUCAGCAGUAAACUCGAUACCUCUGAGUUCGAAAGCAAAAAACUUAAGGGCCUUUUGAAAUUCGAUGAAAUAAAAUCUUUUAUAAGGUAAUUUAGUCUUUUAGCUUUAAUUUGAUAUAUAACUUGCCUUUGUAGCGAAAAUACUCGCGCGACUAGCAUUUUUUUCUGUGGGCACCUCGUUUUCCUUUACCGAGACCUUAAGCAGGCGGCGCAACUCGCACAAAGAGAAUUGUUGAAUAAAAGCCCCUUGUUCAAGUCAUAAAAGUGUUGAUUUACGUAAUGCAACUCAUACCAGUGGUACACGAUGUGAGAAAAAGUUUUCUAUUUGUGCGAUUGGUUCAUGUGAUAAAUUUCGGUGAAAUAAUAUUUGCGUUCGACGAAGGAGGACGCCUACUAUUCGUUUACCGUACGCGAAGUAGUAACCGUUCUGUAUGCCAUGCGAUUUCACGGUUUGGACGCCAUCUUGGACCGGCCUGGCACACUUUACCUCGAUCUCAUGUGUUCAAUUUUUCCCGCCCGGGAGCUGGUAUCUAUUUUGUGACACUCGUUCACAGAUGAAACGUUGGCGAUUUUCCAUUUACCACAGGUCUGCUUACAGUUUUUCUCGCACUUUUCAAUUAAGUUUUUUAUCAUAGGAAAAUUUCCAUUCUAAUUAAGAUAAUCGUAUAUGUAGACAUUAUGUUAACAAUGCGUUCUGCACGCUGUAUUUGUUUUUAUGGAUUCAAGCGAGAUCAGCUUAGAUCGACCAUAUUUGAUUCUAUUACAAAUUACAUCUUUUCGCUUUUAAAAGCUAUUUACAGCGUUGUAUUUGCUCUUGUUUCUCACCAUUUUUGAAAAAUAUACAAGAAGUUGAACAGUGAAACGUCGACCUUUUCAUCUCACUAAUUCUGGGUGCGUUGUAUUUUGAAAACAGUGCUAAGUAGGUGAGUCGUGUUAGCCUAGUGUCACACAACAAAGGUUUAAAGUGAUACGCGACGCUUAAACUUUUCAGAUAAUUUCAAUUUUCUGUAUCCCAAUUUUUAGCCAGUUUUAUUGAUCAUCCUAUAGUGCAAAAGAAUAUGCUGAGGAUCAUAGUCAGUGUUUGACCUGUUGUUACUUACAUGUACUUUACUUAGAGGUUUAGCCUAUUAAAUGUAAAAAGUACAGUACGCUCUUGCAUUUUAGAGGAAACUGAUGAAAUAGUAACGAAUUGUAAAGUGGGAGGACAAACAAUAACACUAAUAAAGACAGCUGCUGAUAUUCAUAUCGAUAAAAGUGUUUGAUUUUGAUUUCUCGUUAUUACAAGCCCAUUAGGCUUUGCACCCCCUUCUCACUACCACUCACAACCCACCACCCUCCCCUUCCCCAUUGAACGCACUCCCCUAAUUUGCAAUUAUUACUAGUUUAAACUGAGUAUUCCCAAGAGAGAAUGAUCUAUCUUGGUUUAAUGAGCAAAAAAGCAACUCUGCACGUGCAUCACGCUUUUUUGUAUACUUUUUUACUGUCCUUGCACAACUACGACGUGAAAUUAAAUGACCAAAUUUUAAGUUUACUUGAGAACGGGAACGGCGAGGCGAUAAAUUCUACCAUCUCUGUCUGAACUCGGGCGCGGUCCCUUCUCUUCAGCUCCAACCAAAAUUCCCUUCUUCUAAGUAACAGGGCGAAUUGGGAUAAUAGCGAAUAAGAAUGUGAAGUCUAUUUUUCAGCGAUGUUUUCAUGGACGUCGCCCCUUGUCGGAUCGUAAGGUGCCUAUUGAGUGGCCUAGGGGCGAGGGCUGGAAACCACUGAGAUGGAAGUAGAAAUCCAGGAUUGAAGAGUGAUUAAGAGGAGUGAGGACUGGAAUUUAGUGUACCAAGCCCUCUCGGCCAACAGCGCCAUUAAGUCCGUUCGCGACAACAAGGCGGAAGUGCAGACGGUGGAGAAAUAUUCGACAAAAAGGUUCUUACACUUACUUUCGGUGAGCGUUUUGCUUUACAAAAGGUAUGUACAACUUCUUUUAUUAAAUUACUGUAAGGCAGAGUUUAUUGUAUGGCAGUAGAUUCGACUAUUCAACCUAGCUCUGCUAUCGCUCUGUCGGAUUAGCUCCGACAGGACAUUUUCAAGUCGAGUUUAGAUCUGUAGAUUAAAUAUUGCUUUAUUAGUGAAAUGUAAGCUUUACAUCAAUAUGUACGCAACUUUACGGUACAUUUACGCUAGUAUUUAGUAAAUGGGAUCACGAUAUUUCCUACAUUUUCACGCGUUAAUAACAUUCUUUACGUGGUUAGAUAGACCUAGGCACGGGAAAGUUCUCAAUUCAGUUAUUUCAUAAACAACAAGAGAUUUUGAAUCGAAAAGCUUCAAGCCACAUUGACUGUGUCAAAAACCACUGGCUUUUCAUAAUGUACCAGCCUUUUUACUAUUUGUUAUCACUUUAUGAGAAGUAUUACAUUGUUUAGCAAAAAUAUGUGUGCGCAUUCCAGGCGCGGAUCUCUGGGAUAAAUACUGACCGAUUUCAUAAACGAGCGCCGAAGGUGCAAGCUUCUAGAAGGAUCGGGGGGCGGGCUCCCCCAGGAAAUUUUUUUGGAUUUUUACUCCUUAAGUCCCCUUUCCUGGGUUCCGAGUCAUUCGAACAGGAUAUUGACCAGAUUUCAACGUGGAAAGUGUUUUUAUUAUUAAAAAUGUAUUAUUAUGAGUGAACUGUCACCGAUUUCCGUAAAACGGUGGAAACCGGUGUGCAUCCGCGCAUGCAUUCUUUCAACGGACGUAACCGGCGUUGUAUGCAGUUAGAUAAUCUUAAGUAUCACAUGGGAAACAAACUGAAGCUCAGUCUUAAAGAAGAAAGAUCGCUUGUGUAUUGUGAGAAGCGCUACCAAUUAUGCAAUACGUAGUAUACGUAGUAUAGAGGUCACCACUCACGGUGACAUUACUUUUAGACUGUACUGGCAAUUGUACCUUUUAUUCGUAAUUGUUACUGUAAGGCUUAGACCAAACGUCGAACUUUACAUGAGACGAACUGCACCUAGCCGAGUUAAGUUUUGAAAAGUUCGACCUCUGGCUCACUUAAGUUUGGAUCGUCCAACACGUUGUUCUAUCCGUCUGAAGAUCGUCUCCAGGACAAACGUCGAUCUUUCACAUGGGACGAACUAAACUAAUAAUUUUCAUUUCUUUGGUCCAAGUCAUGUUAUAGUAUUUGAUCAUUAAAUUUUUUUCUGUUAAAACUCCAGUUGGAGAUAAGUGCAUGAACAAAACAUUGAUGUUUGCAUAACAAAACAAUUUGCUGUACUGAUGUUAUAAAUGGUUUCUCUGUAAGACUAAGCAAAGUCCAGGGGGACGAAAGAAAAACUGCCAACGACACUGACAAUCAUGUCGAUGGCACUUACGAGCUAAGACAGCAAUGAACCUUUUAAAGAGGGUCAACAAAAAUGUGACAAAUUUGAGAGAUGGCUUUUUUCUCAUUUUUAAUCAUUUCGAAAAUUACUUCUUCAUUCCUAAAUGUGAAAAAUUUUGGACUGUUUAUGUUUUAUAGACAAUGGCAUCCAAGGGACCGGAGUGUUCAAUCUGUUUUGAACGUUACAAUGACGAAAACAAAUGUCCUCGACUGCUGAGUUGUGGACACAGCUUUUGCUCGUGUUGCUUGGAAAGGUUACUCCGUGGUAACACCAUUGAUUGUCCCCAAUGCAGAAAUCCAGUUGUCGUUCCAUCUGGGGUCCAUGGCCUGUCAAAGAAUUUUGCAUUACUGGACAUCGUGAACGAAACGACACCCAAACAACACGUUUUGCCAAAUACCAGAGAAAAGAGGCCUUCGCUAGCAGGGAAUAGAAGUAAGGGCUCACACGAAUGUGAAGCUUGCGAUAAGAAACAUCCUGCAAAUUUCUGCUGCCUUGACUGCAAAGAAAACAUGUGCAAAACUGCAGCUCAGUUUCAUACUCGCAACAAGGCAAGUCGCGACCAUCGGGUUGUUUCCCUCGAAGAGCUGGAAGCAAACCCUCAGCUCGCUUCUGUAUCCCUCAUCUGCCAAAAACACAACGAUAAAUUCCGGUUUUUCGAUGAACGGUGCGGUUAUGUUGUUUGUAGGGAAUGCAUCGCUGUAGAACACUUUGGUCACGUUUGUUUACCAUUAGCUGAAGCUGCCUUUAAGUACCAACCGGAAGUGGAAGAUUUAAUCGAAGAGACCAACAUCCUUCUUGGUGAAGCUAAGGUCAUAGAAGAUGAAGAGAUGGAGACGUGUUCGGACCUGAAAAAAGCUCAUGAACAGGGGGUAACGGACAUUCAAAGCUUCUUCAAAGAGGUCUGUUAGAGUUACUUCGUUAUUGUGUUGUUUGGGUUAUCUAGGUUGACUUAGUCUUGUUACAAUCUUUCUUUUUUAUAAGAAUAUAUUUUAUAAGAAUAUCGCGUAUAUCGAAAUUUGCGAAAUUUGGCGUUCACUCCCAGGGUUCUGACGGCAGCGGACGAAUUUUCAACCGGUCGAAAAGUUUAACUGGGCACUUUGUUUACACUGAAGCGCUCAACAUUUUCGCUUUUUUCAGAAUCUUUUCACCCGAAACUGACAAACCAGGUUGAGUUUUAACUUCCAGUGGUUUGACCAUCUGCCCAUGCACAGAGUGCUAUGCUUUAGGCAGGGGCACCCAACGAGAAUAUAGUUCAAAACCAGUUAAACAUAGCAUUGUUAAACGUGUUUUAGUAUUUAAACGGUAGAUAUAGGCAUAUUUUUAUCCCCUAAAAAUUUUUCAUUUGUUCGGAUUUCCUAGCUGAAAAUCUAGUGAUCCAAACAUUAUAAGGAUCAAAACUUACCUUUCCGAAAAUUUCAGCCAGAAAAAGGGCUCCCGAAUAUAGUUAGGUGACCUUUUCAGGGUAAAAAUUCGUUAAAAAUGGGCAAUUAUACCAUUUUUUAGAUGUUCGAAAAUCCUAGAAGAGGGAGGCAAGCAAGAAAUUUUACAACAAAUGUUCCGAAAAUUCUAGAUCUCAAAUCGUCUUCCGAACAGAUAUUUUCCGAAAAUUGACGUUGGGUACUCCUGUUUAGGUUCUUUAGCAAAUCCAAGGCAUCUCCCCGGCAGAUUUACAACGCCUCCAUGGUUAUUGUAUUCACACCUUGCCGGUCACAUUUUCGACCGCAUCCGCUAAAAAACCCCUCGAUUUUGGCUUUCAAAGUUUUGAACGGCUAGUCACGAAAUUAAGAUGGUUCCAAUUGAACGGAACACCUAAACGAAAGAAUUUUAAAAUCGCCCGGUGACAAGUGAACUUAUCCAUAGUUUACUUUUGCCAGCGUGCUCGCAAAGCGCGGGGAAUAGCGAUGAAGGCAUCGAUUUUUAAAAAUCCAAGUGCCGAAAAAAAGGCAAGAAUACUACGCUAAAUUUUUCGCAGCUUUCUGGAUUCAGUGGAUUCAUAGUUUCAGCUGUAGUUUGCUGAGAUAAAAAGCAUUUUCCUCCAACACUUUGGCUUUGACGUUGUAUUAUAACACUCACCUUAAUUUGUCGUACAAAAAAUGCCUGAGAUUAGAUGUGAUCACUGAUUUGUUUGUUAUGGCAGCUGCACGGUGCCCUCUCUACAAGAGAACACGAUCUAAAAGUUGGUGUCAACCAAAUCUUCAAGCCUGAGGUGGACUUCCUUGAAGAGCAGCUGAAACGCCUGCGCUCAUGGAAGACUGUCCUAGAGAGUGUCAAACAGCGCGCAGAGUCAGCCAUUCAGACCUCAGGCAGCGAUGAGCUCCAUAUUUGCAUAUUGAAUGCAAAAUCCGAGCUGGAAAAUGCCCUAGAAAGCAAACCAGAACCAGGAAAGGGAGACCAAAGAACCGACUCUGAUGUCAAAAUUGUCUGCGACCGAUGGAAGUUUUUGAACACGCUUCACAACGAGUGUAAGGAAGUACUUCGGGAAGUGUUUGAGGACAAGUCUGAGACAAUCUAGACGAAUGACAUUAAAACGCCAAAUCUUUGUGGUUUUUUUAAGCAAAGCAAUAAACAUUUUAGAUUAGUCUUAGCUCC